AUGAGUACGUCGGUGAUUGAAGUUAGUGGUGAAAAAGUGAAAGCAAUGUGGGAUAAGAGAUUGACAGAAAUAUUUUGUGAUGUUUGUAUUAAAGAGAUAUUGAAAGGCAAUAGGCGUGGUACUCAUUUCACAAAAGAUGGAUGGUUGAAAAUAAUGACUAACUUUGAGAAAGAAACAGGGUGGAAUCCUAUAAAAAGAACCGUUGAUGCAUCGGAUGAUUGGUGGGAGAGUAGGCUAAAGGUUGUGCCUGAAGCUCAAAAAUUUAGAACAUUGGGCAUUGAUCCUGAAUUCGAAGGGAAGUUAGACCAAAUGUUCAUGGGGAUAGUUGCAACAGGUGAUAAAGCAUGGGCACCUUCUUCUGGUACACUCCAUAGUGAUAUUUUUGAAGAUGUUAACAAUGAAAUACCUGAAGAGAAUGAAGAAGAAAAUGUGAGAAAUGAUGUUCACAUUUUAAAUGAUGUUUACAUUUCAAAUGAUGUUCAAAUUGAUGGAAACGGUCAAAAAAGGAAAAACCCUGAGAUAUCAAGUUCACAUUUUAAAACUGGAAGAAAGAAAUCCUCAAAGCAAAUUGGAGGGGCUGCAAGAUUGUCUAGUCAAAUAGAAAAAUUAUGCAAUGCAACUCACAAUAUGAGUCAAGCCACAUCUAGUUUGACUCCUGUUAUGGAUCCAUAUGGUAUUCCACAAACAGUCAAAGUGCUCGACAGCAUGUCGGAAGAAGUUCCAGAAGCUAGUCUGCUAUACUUUUUCGCACUUAGAUUAUUGCUCAAUAAGGACAAGCGAAUUAUGUUUUUAUCAAUUAAUCCCAAGAUUAGAGCUUUGUGGCUUAAGACGGAAAUGGAGGAUAGCUAA